AAAUCUUUCAGGUAGAGCUGCAGACCAUGUUCUUCAAGGUCAUGGUGUUGUCUCUUCUGCUCAGGAGAGUUGAAUCAUCACAACAAGAAGAUCUUAGUUUCACCUACAAUGGAUUUCGAGAAGCUAACAUCAGUUUGGAUGGCUUAGCCCAGAUCACACACAAUGGCCUCCUAAUGCUAACAAAUGGAACCAAACUACAGAAGAGUCACACCUUCUACCCCCAUCCACUUCACUUCAAGAAUCUUUCCACUGGUAAUGUCUUCUCCUUCUCCACUACAUUUGUAUUUGCCAUGGUCUCUGAGUAUCCCACAAUAGGAGGUCCUGGAAUAGCCUUUGUUAUCACUCCCUCAAUGAAGUUCCCAGGAGCUGAGGCAGGCCAUUAUAUGGGUCUCUUUAACGCGACCAACCUUGGGAAUUCAUCUAACCAUGUCAUUGCAGUCGAGCUUGAUAGCCUCCUAAAUUUGGAUUUCAAAGACAUAGAUGACAACCAUGUUGGUAUUGAUAUCAAUGAGUUGACAUCUAUUAAAUCUUCUCCAACAUCUUUUUUUAGUGAUCAAGACCACCAGCACCAUAACCUGACCCUCAUCAGUGGACAACCCAUGCAACUUUGGGUGGAAUAUAAUGGUCCACAGAAGCAACUUAAUGUGACAAUAGCUCCAUUUAAUGUCCCUAAACCCUUUAUCCCACUUCUGUCUUUGAACCUUGAUCUUGCUCGGAUCAUCAUAGAUCCCAUGUUUGUGGGUUUCUCGUCAGCUACUGCUAAUGUUCAAGUAAACCAGUAUGUGUUAGGAUGGAGCUUUAGGAUGAAUGGGGAAGCAGGAGAAUUAGAUCUCUCUCGACUUCCAAAACUUCCUAGAAGAGGACCCAAAAAGAAAACUAAAAUUGUAACCAUUGGCAUUCCUGUUGUGUCCUGUGCUGUUUUAGUUGUAGCCAUAAUCUUAGUACUCAUCUUAUUUAUAAUGAGAAGGAAGAAAAAGUUUGCAGAAGUGUUGGAAGAAUGGGAACUCAAUUAUGGACCUCACAGGUUCAAAUAUAAAGAUCUCUACAUUGCCACCAAGGGGUUUAAGGACAAUGAGCUUCUUGGAGUGGGUGGCUUUGGUAGGGUCUAUCGAGGUGUAUUACCUACCUCCAAACAAGAAGUCGCAGUGAAGAGAAUCUCCCAUGAUUCAAAACAAGGGGAAAGGGAAUUCAUUGCUGAGAUUGUCAGCAUUGGUAAAUUGCGGCACCGGAACAUAGUAACACUCUUGGGCUAUUGUCGACGUAAGGGAGAGCUCCUUCUAGUGUAUGAUUUCAUGCCUAAUGGAAGUCUAAACAAGCUCCUCUACGAUCAAUCUGAUAAGACAGAGUCAGUAGUACUGAGUUGGACUCAAAGAUUUCAAAUCAUCAAAAAUGUUGCAUCUGCUCUGUUAUAUCUUCAUGAAGAAUGGGAACAGGUUGUGAUUCACAGAGAUGUGAAGUCCAGUAAUGUUUUAUUAGACAAGGAAAUGAAUGGAAGAUUAGGAGAUUUUGGGCUUGCAAGAUUGUAUGAUCAUGGAACUGAUCCACAAACCACUCAUGUAGUGGGAACACUUGGUUAUCUUGCACCAGAAUUUUCAAGAAUUGGGAAAGCAAACCCAAGCACAGAUGUGUUUGCAUUUGGGGCUUUUAUGCUUGAAGUUGCUUGUGGUAGGAGGCCUAUACAGAUAAGAGCAUCAGAAGAGCGUAUGGUGUUAAUGGAUUGGGUAUUGUCAUGUUGGAGUAAAGGGCUAAUUCUUGAGACUGUGGAUCCCAAGCUGGGAACAGAGUAUAAAGUUGAGGAAAUGGAAAUGGUGUUAAAGCUUGGAUUGCUCUGUUCUCAUUCUAUUCCAGUGGCAAGGCCACCAAUGCGACAAGUGUUGCGGUAUUUGGAGGGAGAGGUUCCUAUACCAGAGUUGUCUUCACUUGGCCUGACUACAAACAUUGGUGGCCAAAUAUUUGUGCCUUCUGAAGGUUCUAGUGAUGUCUCUGUGUGGAAUAUUAAUCCUUCUUACAUGGGGAGUGAAAUGACUUUAUCAUCAUCUGUUGCAGAAUCCAUACUCUCUGGAGGCCGUUGACAAGCAAAUUAAACCCUACAAGUAGUUC